CUUGCCACUAAAGCUGUGCCAUUCAGGCAACAGUCUGAAAGACAUCAACUUUACGCGUCGAGCGUCUAGAAUAUGGGCAUCAGUUGUAGUUAGUCUGCUGUUCCUGUGCAUUUUGUAUUUUAAACACUUAAUCUCUUCAUUAAAAUGUGGACAGUUCCGAAACCAAAAUAUAGACAUGCUUUGAGCGAGGAAGGGGACAUCACUGUGAACAUCGGUGGAGUGAGAGUGGUGCUGUUCGGGGACGAUCUGAAGCGCUACCCGGAGAGCAGGCUGGCGGAGCUGUCCAACUGCUCAGCCCACAACCCAGAACUUAUCUCCACCCUCUGUGAUGACUUCGAUCCGGGCAGAAACGAGUUUUACUUUGAUCGGGAUCCCGAUUCCUUCAAGUGCAUCAUAGAUGUGUAUUACUUCGACGAAAUCCACAUAAAAAAUGGGAUUUGUCCCAUAUGCUUUAUCAAGGAGAUGGAGUUCUGGAAAAUAGACCAGAGUGUUUUGGAUGAGUGUUGCAAAAGUUACCUGAGCGAGAAGGAGGAAGAGCUGAAAGAAAUUGCAAACAAAGUGAAAGUGAUUUUAGAGGAUCUGGAUGUGGAUCAGUGCAUCACCCGCACGCAGAGGUGCCAGAGGUAUCUGUGGAGACUGAUGGAGAAGCCGGAUUCCUCCCUGGCGGCGCGCAUCAUCGCCAUCGCUUCAUUUCUCUCCAUCCUGGUGUCAGCCGUGGUGAUGUGUGUGAGCACCAUCCCGGAGCUGCAGGUGACAAAUGCGGAGGGGAAGCUGGUGGAACACCCGACCAUGGAGGCGAUCGAGACUGUAUGCAUGCUGUGGUUCACGACUGAGUUCGUGCUGCGCCUCGCCUCGUCUCCGAACAAAGUGCACUUUGCGCUCUCCAUCAUGAACAUCAUAGACUUCAUGGCCAUCAUGCCUUUCUACGUGGUCCUGUCCCUCACUUUGCUCGGUACCACGUCCAUGAUGGAGCUGGUGAACGUCCAGCAGGCUGUCCAGGCGCUGCGCAUCAUGCGCAUCGCGCGUAUUUUCAAGCUGGCGCGCCACUCCUCCGGCCUGCAGACCCUGACCUACGCGCUGAAGCGGAGCCUCAAGGAACUGGGGCUGCUCCUUAUGUACAUGGGCGUGGGGAUCUUCGUGUUCUCCGCGCUGGCCUACACUAUGGAGCAAAGCCACCCGGAGACGCUCUUCAGGAGCAUCCCACAGUCUUUCUGGUGGGCCAUCAUCACCAUGACCACGGUGGGCUACGGCGACAUCUACCCCAAAACUACCCUGGGCAAGUGCAACGCGGCGGUCAGCUUUCUGUGCGGGGUGAUCGCCAUCGCUCUGCCCAUCCACCCGAUCAUUAAUAACUUUGUUGUGUUCUACAACAAGCAGAAAGUGCUGGAGACCGCGGCGAAGCACGAAGUGGAGCUGAUGGAGCUAAAGUCCGGCGGCCAGGCGCGCAAAAAAAGUCAAGAAUGAAAACAAUCAGAACCAGUUGGAAAAAAUGUGUCAACUGACAUCAGAGGGGUAAACUGACUAUGGAAAGGGUUUUAAACAUAAAAGACUUUUAGGUACCUGAUGACUUUGGGAAACCUGUACAUAGAGCUGUCAUUGUGGCCUUUCCUCCGCAUGUGUUGUUUCUAUGGGCGACAUGUGAUGUGUUGCUUUUGUAGAGUGUGAAGGCAUAAAUAAAAAGAUUUCAUAAUUGCAUUUAAAUGCAAAAUAAAGACACAAAUCUCUCCAGUUCA